AUGGAGAAUUUGGUUAGACAAGUAGACCAUUUAGAUACUGAAAUUAAUGUGGCUAAAGGUAGUAUUGUUCAAGGUGUAACUCCUACAGAACAGGAACUCAACCUGUUAUUUGCAAAAAUUACUCGACGGGCUCUUCUCAAUCAUGAACUUGAACAAGUUCGGGCAGAACGUAACAGUCUUCGUGAUCGUCUUAAUCAACAUCAAUGA